UAAAGCAACAUGUUAAGGGUGGAGUGUGCCGAAAGGGGAAGUUCACAUGCUAUACAUUUAAACUUAACGGAUCUAAAAACAGACCUCUGCUAUGAAUUAUGAUAUUAUUUCCAUCCUGUUAGAAAGUGAAAACACAGCUGAGCCUGACCAGAGGAAGUAUUUCUGUUCCUAGAAAAGAGCUUGCAGGCUGUGAGAGAACUUGUUGCAGAACUGCUAAGGAAAAGUUGACAUCUCAUCAUCCCUGAGAACACUCUCCCACAGCUGUCCCCCUCAAUCUCACUGCCAAAUAUUCCUUCACAUGUCUGUAAUGGCCAACUCCACAGAACGUAGCGUAACCCCUACUGAAAGCAAAUCUGACACAUCUUUUCAGGGACCAUACUUUGAAGCCAUAGUUGGAGUUGUCAUUGCUGUGGUGAUUCUGGUCCUGUUCCUCCUCCUGGCCGUCAUUCUGCGAUACAUGUACAAGCACAAGGGCACAUAUCAUACCAAUGAGGCCAAGGGCACAGAGUUUGCAGAGACAGCAGACGCUGCUCUGCGUGGAGACCCUGCCCUGCAGGACGCCAUGGAUGAGAGCAAGAAAGAGUAUUUCAUAUGACACACAAUAGCUGGCCCUUUAUACACUUCAUUUAAUAAACUCCUACAGGCUCACAUGAUGCCUCAAUCCUGUUUGCUGGAGCAGUGAAGUAACUGACUGAGCUCCCCGCAAACAGAAACAAACAAGAAGAGUAUUGUGAAAUUCCUCUAUAUUUCAAUAUCUGAGAUUUUAUCUGUUUAUAUUUAUUGUUUCCUGAAAAAAAGGUAACAUGCCACACUCCUUGUAAAGCUGAGUGUCUGAACAAACAUCAGCUCAGGAGAAUGAGAUGGUAUUAAGAUGAAAGAAAGAAAAGUUUUUGAUUUUAUUAGACAGAAUAUGAAUGUGAAUGACAGGUAAUAUUAGAAGACAUUUAAAUGUAACAUUUUAAGAACGUUGAGGAAAAAAACCAAGAAGAAUGUGAAAUUGAUUUAAUUACUAUUUUCUAUAUACUGUAUAUGACACAUGUGACCCUGGACCACAAAACCAGUCUUAAGUAGCAUGGGUAUAUUUGUAGCAAUAGCCAAAAAAUAACACUGUAUAUCAAAACUUAAGUUUUGAUUAUUAAUAUGCAUUGCUGAGAACUUUAAAGGCGAUUUUUCUCAGUAUUUAGAUUUUUUUUUGCACCCUCAGAUUACAGAUUUUCAAAUAGUUGUAUCUCAGCCAAAUAUUGUCCUGACCUAACAAACCAUACAUUAAUUGAAAAGCUUAUAUAUUUAGCUUUCAGAUGAUCUAUAAAUCUCAGUUUCGAAAAAAUUGACCCUUACGACUGGUUUUGUGGUCCAGGGUCACAUAUAUAAGAAUCAGGGAUCAGAUUCAUGAAUAUCUUCUUAAGUAAGAAGUUAAAUUCUAAAAAGUUUGUUUAUUUUCUUAAGAACAUCUUAUUUUUUAAAGAUGAAAAUGGCUUUUGGUCAGGGGUGCCCGAAGUUGGUCUUGAGGACCAGUGUUUUGCAGAGUUUGCCUAAACACACCUGCCUGGAAGUUUCUAGUGUGCUUAUUAAGAGCUUGAUUAGCUGGUUCAGGUGUGUUUAUUUGGGGCUGGAGCUAAACUCUGCAGGAUACCAGCCCUCCAGGUCUGAGUUUGGGCAACCCUGGCUUGGUGUUGUCUGAUUGUAUGGCAGUUCUUGCCAAAGACUCGCCGUUCAACUUAAUGCAAAACACUUCAAGAUCGCAGAUUACCGUAAUGAUCGUAAUAAACAUGCACACUCUUUACUUUGUGAGAGGCGUUAUGGGAGUCCAGUAUUCAAUGUCACGCUUUUAAUGCACUGUGUAUUUAAAAUAGUUAGUUUUAAAGAGCCUGUCAAGAUUGCACUCUCUCUUCCACUUGAACCAGAACAUAAAACUCGUUAUUCAGCAAUUUAGCAUGUAAGAACAUUUAUAUAAACAAUAGGAAAAAACUGUGGGCAAAAAGCCAUUGGGUUUUUAGAUGCAGAAAAGUCAACCCAUAUUAAAGAAGUCCACUUCCAGAACAACAAUUUACAAAUAAUUUACUAGCGUCCUUGUCAUCCACAAUGUUCAUGUCUUUCUUUCUUCAGUCGUAAAGAAAUUAUGUUUUAUGAGGAAAAACUUCAGCAUUUUUCUCCAUAUGAUGGACUGCUAUGGUACCCCGAUUUUGAACUACCAAAAUGCAGUUUAAAUGCGGCUUCAAACAAUCCCAAAUGUGGUUGUAAAUGAUCCCAGCUGAGAAAGAAGGGUCUUAUCUAGCGUAACGAUCGGUUAUUUUUUAAUAAAAAUAAUACAAUUUCUAUACUUUUUAAUGUCAAACGCUCGUCUUGUCUUACUCUGCCUGGACUGUUUUUGUUCUGGUUCGUGACAGUUAGGGUAUGUCGAAAAACUCCCAUCUCAUGUUCUCCCUCAACUUCAAAAUCAUACUAUAUCGCUGUUUUACCUUUUAAGGGUGUUUGAUCUUUUUUGCAUGUUUACUUUGCAAAGACUGUGUUGGUACUUCUGCAGCAAUGUAGGAUAAUUUUGAAAUGAUUUUUGAAGUUAAGGGAGAAAAUACGAUUGGAGUUUUUCAACAUACCCUAACUGUCCAUUUUAAGACCCUUCUUCCUCGGCUGGGAUCAUUUAAAACCGCAUUUGGGAUCGUUUAAAGCCACAUUUAAACUGCAUUUUGGAAGUUCAAAAUCGGGGCACCAUAUCAGUCCAUUAUAUGAAGAAAAGUGCAGAAAUGUUUUCCUCAGAAAACAUAAUUUCUUUACGACUGAAGAAAGAAAGACAUGAACAUCUUGGAUGACAAGGGGGUGAGUACAUUAUAUGUGAAUCUUUGUUUUGGAAGUGGACUUUUCCUCUAACUCUCAGAAAAAAAUUUAAGCUGUCACUGGGGUGAUACCUUUUCUAAACGGUGUAUAUCAACACCAUAAAAUUGAUAGUUCACCCAAAAAUGAAAGUUCUGUAAUUAAUUACUCACCCACAUGUUACAAACCUGUAAGACCUUCGGUCAGACCUUCAGAACACAAAUUACGAUUUUAUAUUUUGGAAUAAAGUUGUUAUUUUUGUUUUCUUUUCGUAGAAAAAGUAUUCUCAUAGCUUCAUAACAUAACGGUUGAACCACUGAUGUCACGUGGACUGUUUUAUCGAUGUCCUUCCCUGUGCACACACAUCACGGAGAAGUCUAUUUGACAUUUACAUCUGGAACACAUAUUUUUUUAGAACAUCUGCAAUACAUCUAUAGGACGUUUCCUAUCAGAUGUCAAAUAGACGUCUAUUAGAUGUCUUCAAGAUGGUUAUUAUUUAGAAUGUAUGUAAAACUGACAUCUUACAGACGUCUGUCAGAUGUAACAGAUGCUGUCCAGAUCAAGUGAUCUUUAACAGACAUCUCGCAGACGUACGUGUGUACGUUACUACCUUUGUAGACACUGAACAUGGUAGUUGCAUUGCUGUCUAUAUAUGCAGGGUCAGAAAGCACUCGGAUUUCACCAAAAAUAUCUUUAUUUGUGUUGUAAUAAAGGUCUUACGGAUUUGGAACGACAUGAAGGUGAGUAAUUAAUGACAGAAUCUUUAUUUUUUGGGUGAACUAUUCUUUUAAAGGUACAUAUUCAUACUUAAAAGGCACAUAUUUGUACCUUUUGAAGGCGUACGACCACAGUGACCGCAUUUGUACCUUUAUUUCUGAGAGUGUAGGUGUUAAUCACGUGCAUUGUUUUGUUCUUACUGUAGUAAUUCUAAAUACAACUGUUUUCUUCUGGUUGUGGAAAAAAAAAAGAUUUUUGUAAGAGUAUCUAAGAUCUAAUUGUUAGACUGAUCUAAUGAAAUGUUUCUUGUAAUUAGAAGCAGUAGUAGAGUUUGACAGCGGAGAAAAUAAAUGAGAAAAAUAUCUGCUUCAGAUGCCUUAACUUUUUAAUUACAUGUAUAUUAACGUUUCAGCAACAAAUAAAAUUAAUUGUAUUUCUUG